CCGCGCACGCACGAGGGACGGUACGGUUGUUUAGAAAUGAUUUGUAAAUCUGAAUAUAAAUCCACAGAGUCUUGCUACCAGAAUCAAAAUGACUCGUUGGGCGAGAGGAGGAAAUGCUAACAAAAAGAAACCCCAUGAUGCUUCAACAUGGGAGCAGAUGACUGAACACGAUGAGAGAAAUCAGACCAAAGCUGGAGCUAAACAUAAGCCUGCUCAUUCCACCAAAAAAUACAAGCAAGAAAGCGCCAAGAAAGUAUUAAAGAGGACAGGUACUGAAAAAAGCAGCUUGGGUAUUGAUAAAAAACUUGUUAGCCAGACAAGACAAAGUGGAAUUCAUCAGAAAGUUGGUAACGGGAAAAAGAAUGCUGCUGCAGAGUCAAGACUGCUUUUGUCAAGCGGUGGCAAAUCAAUCAUCGAUGUCAUAUUAGAAGCAGAUAAAGCCAGAGACUGUGAUAUACAGGAUGAAAGAAAAAAGUCAGUUGGUGAUGUGAGGCAGAAUAGCAUGGAAACACCGGAACUUGCUGCAAUGAAAGAGAAGAGAAGCGAAGACAGACGAUUAAAGAGACAAAAGAAGAAAGCUGACAGUAUGAUGUGUUUCCACUGUCGGCAAACAGGCCAUGGUGUUUCUGACUGUCCACAGAUGUUAGGGGAUGUUGAACAGGGUACUGGUAUCUGCUAUCGGUGUGGAUCAACGGAACAUGACGUCAGCAAGUGUCGUGCAAAAGUGGAUAAAAAACAAGGUGACUUCCCCUAUGCGAAGUGUUUCAUAUGUGGACAGACUGGACACCUGUCUAGGAUGUGUCCAGACAAUCCCAGGGGUCUGUAUCCAGAAGGAGGUGGUUGCAAGGAAUGUGGAUCGGUUGAGCACAGGUGGUGGAACUGCCCUGUCAGGAAGCCAGUGAAAGGAGUUGAUCUGUCUGCAAUAAGCCUCCCUGUGACUGGGAUCCAUGCAAGUGCUGAUGCUGAGCCGGCCUUCAUGCCAAAACCGAAGGUGAAAGUCAAGCAGACCGGGCCUAAAGUUGUGAAUUUCUAAUCUUAGAUUAUAAGCAUUAUCAGGAGACUUCUAUUCUCUUGUCCAAAGUACAUGUUUAGGUGUGUGAUUCAUUUGAUCUCCCGUGCAGUAAUCACAGAAACUGCUGUAAUGGGCAUAAAUGUUGUGUUUUCUUUAACCAACCCUUGCUCCUCGUCCAAUAAAUGGUCUGCCAACUUUCAGAGCAUACCGCCAUUGAGAGUGACCGCCAGUCUAAACAGGGAGACCAUAACAGAAAUAACUAGAUAAAUAAAAUUUGAGUUUCUAUAUGCAUCGAUCCUGUGUUACUGGUUAUCUUGGGCGUAAUGUUACAAGACUACAUUGAUCAGAAUGUUGCAUUAUGGGUAAUGAACAGGGCUGAGUAAAUGAGAAGUUGAAGAAUAAGACGGAGCUAUUAAGAUUACCGGCCCUUAUGUCUUUUAAAUAAAUCCAAUCCAAUAAAAACAUGUCUUGUUUCCUGAACCACACUCUUUAUAACAUAGCACCAACUAUUCUGUACUCACAAUGUAUGCAUAUUCCUUGUAACUUACCUAGACAUCUCAGGUUAAAAAAAAGGGGGGGG